AUCUUCUCCGGCAGCAGCCAUCCGGCACUGGUCGAUGCGAUCUGUGAGCGUCUGGGCACGAAGCCCUCUCCUGUGCAGCUUAGGAAGUUCAGCAAUGGCGAAACCUCCGUGGAGAUCUCUGCUAGUGUCAGAGAUCAGGAUGUCUUCAUCGUCCAGAGCGGAAGCAGUCAGAUCAAUGACAAUGUCAUGGAGAUGCUCAUCAUGAUCAGUGCUUGCAAGGGAGGCUCUGCGAGGUCGAUUACUGCGGUCAUGCCAUACUUCCCAUACUCGCGGCAAUCCAAGAGAAAGACGCACAGAGGAGCCAUUACGGCCCGCAUGCUUGCCAACCUCAUGUAUGUUGCAGGCGUCAACCAUGUCAUUACGAUCGAUCUUCACGCCAGUCAAAUGCAAGGCUUUUUUAAGUGUCCAGUGGACAACCUGAUUGCCGAGCCGAUAUUGGCGAAGUGGCUGAGGAUGAAUGUGCCGGACUGGAUGGAGGCAGUGGUUGUUAGUAAGAACCCGGGCGGCACGAAGAGGGUCACAUCUCUGGCAGACUCGCUGAAGCUGAGCUUCGGCGUUGUGACGACGGACAGGCGGAGACCGCACCACUAUAGCAGUUUGCUCAAUAGUACCAUCUUCGAGAGCAUGGGGACGGACGGCACCAUCGACAGCACAGCUCUGGAGAAGGAUGCAGAGGAGGCUGAGACUCGCAUUCGGACGUCCGAGCGUGGUACGCCCGGUCCCACCGAGCGCCCACCGCACGAUAUGGACGGCUACGAGGAGCCAGCGGGCGAUGAAGACCAUGACGAGCGUGCGCGCGAUGUCAUCACCGGUCGCUUGAUCCACGGACAUAUCGUCGAUGAUGACGCACCAUCGCCCGUCCUCUCCAUCCGCUCCGGCUCCGUGCAAGGCAACCACAAUGGGCAACGGGGAUCACAAUCCAGCAACGAAGAACCCAUGCCCGAAGCCAUGAUGCAAAGCUUCAUGUCCACCGCAUCGACACACUCCCGCAUGCAACCGCCCCACCACGGCCUCGGCGGCACCGGCGACGCCACCGCGUCCGACGAGGAAGAGGAGGAAGCCCUCAAAGACCCUUACACCGAAAGCACCGUCACCCUCGUCGGCAACGUGCGCGACAGACCCGUGCUAAUCGUGGACGACAUCAUCGACAAAGCCGGCUCGUGGGUCGCCGCGGCAGAGACGGUCGUCAAGCGUGGUGGCGCGACGAAAGUCUACUGCAUGGCCACGCACGGCAUCUUCGCCGAAGACGCCUUGAGCGAGCUGGAUAUGUGCGAGGAGAUUGAGGCGAUCGUCGUCACGGACGCGUUUCCGAUUUCGGAAGAGAAGAGAAGGCUAACUCGCAAGCUGGUGAUUCUGGAUGUCAGCGGUCUGCUGAGCGAAGCGAUCCGACGCAAUCAUCAUGGCGAGUCGAUCAGCCAACUGUACCAUUAUUAUGACUGA